UCCUUUGCUUUCCUUGCAGAGGAGGUGGCCAAGUUGGAGAAGCAUUUGAUGCUUCUAAGACAAGAGUAUGUCAGGCUGCAGAAGGAACUGGCAGAGACGGAGAAAAGAUGCACACUUUUGGCUGCACAAGCAAGCAAGGAGAAUAGCAGUGAUUCCUUCAUCGGCCGCUUGCUGGCCAUAGUGGCAGGUCUCUAUGAGCAGGAGCAGUACAGUGAUUUGAAGAUCAAGGUUGGGUGCAGGCACAUCAGUGCUCACAAGUUUGUCCUGGCCGCUCGCAGUGAUAGCUGGAGUCUGUCCAACUUGUCUUCCACGGAGGAGCUAGACUUGUCAGAUGCCAAUCCUGAGGUGACAAUGACAAUGCUUCGCUGGAUCUAUACAGAUGAGUUAGAGUUCAAAGAGGAUGAUGUGUUCCUGACUGAGUUGAUGAAACUGGCCAAUCGUUUUCAGCUCCAGCUCCUUAGGGAGAGAUGUGAGAAGGGUGUUAUGUCUCUGGUGAAUGUUAGGAACUGUAUUCGCUUCUAUCAAACUGCGGAGGAAUUAAAUGCCAGCACUCUGAUGAACUACUGUGCAGAAAUUAUUGCAAGUCACUGGGAUGACUUGCGAAAAGAGGACUUCAGUAGCCUGAGUGCUCAGUUGCUGUACAAAAUGAUCAAGUCCAAGACAGAGUACCCUUUGCAUAAAGCAAUCAAAGUGGAGAGAGAAGAUGUGGUCUUCCUCUAUUUGAUUGAAAUGGAUUCCCAGCUCCCUGGGAAGCUGAAUGAAAUGGAUCAUAAUGGAGAUCUUGCAUUAGAUCUGGCACUUUCAAGGCGACUAGAGAGUAUUGCCACCACUCUGGUUAGUCAUAAAGCUGAUGUGGACAUGGUAGACAAGAACGGCUGGAGCUUGCUACAUAAAGGAAUACAAAGAGGAGAUCUCUUUGCUUCUACAUUCCUCAUUAAGAAUGGGGCCCUUGUCAAUGCUGCCACAAUUGGGGCCCAAGAGACACCAUUACACCUUGUAGCAUUGUAUAGUUCAAAGAAAUACUCAGCAGAUGUGAUGUCUGAGAUGGCACAGAUUGCAGAGGCCCUCCUGCAGGCAGGUGCCAACCCCAACAUGCAGGACAGCAAGAGCAGGACUCCCUUACACUUGUCUAUCAUGGCCAGGAAUGAAUAUGUGUUCAAUCAGCUGCUGCAGUGUAAACAAUUAGAUUUAGAACUGAAGGAUCACGAGGGCAGCACUGCACUCUGGCUUGCCGUCCAGUACAUCACCAUGUCUUCAGACCAGUCUGUAAACCCCUUUGAAGACCUCCCUGUGGAAAAUGGGACAUCAUUUGAUGAAAACAGCUUUGCAGCCAGACUCAUUCAACGUGGCAGCAACACUGAUGCUCCUGAUGCAAUGACAGGAAAUUGUUUACUACAGCGGGCAGCUGGUGCAGGAAAUGAGGCUGCAGCUCUCUUCCUGGCAACCAGUGGUGCCCACGCCAACCACAGGAACAAAUGGGGAGAAACUCCUUUGCAUACAGCUUGUAGGCAUGGCCUGGCCAACCUCACAGCAGAGCUCCUGCAGCAAGGUGCCAAUCCAAACUUGCAGACAGAGGAGGCUCUGCCUUUGCCUAAAGAGACUCCGGUCCUAAUGGGCUCUGCAGAUGGCAUCUACCGACAGACACCAUUGCACAUGGCGAUUGCCUAUAACCAUCCAGAUGUGGUUUCUGUCAUCCUGGAACAGAAAGCCAAUGCUCUUCAUGCCACCAACAACUUACAAAUUAUUCCGGACUUCAGCCUUAAGGAUUCCCGGGACCAAACUGUACUAGGCUUAGCCUUAUGGACUGGCAUGCACACAAUUGCUGCUCAGCUACUGGGCUCCGGAGCUUCUAUCAAUGACACCAUGUCAGAUGGACAGACAUUGCUGCACAUGGCCAUACAGCGGCAGGACAGCAAGAGUGCUCUCUUCCUCCUGGAACACCAAGCCGAUAUAAAUGUCAGUAGGACUCAGGAUGGGGAGACUGCCCUUCAGCUGGCCAUCAAAAAUCAGCUUCCACUAGUGGUUGAUGCCAUAUGUACCCGAGGAGCUGACAUGUCUGUGCCAGAUGAAAAAGGAAACCCACCACUGUGGCUUGCCUUGGCAAGUAAUCUGGAGGACAUUGCUUCCACUCUGGUUAGACAUGGUUGUGAUGCUACAUGUUGGGGCCCAGGACCCAGCGGGUGUCUUCAGACACUUCUGCAUAGAGCCAUUGAUGAAAACAAUGAGUCUACUGCGUGCUUUCUUAUUCGAAGUGGCUGUGACGUGAACAGUCCCAGACAACCAGGAACUGAUGGUGAAGGAGAAGAGGAGGCAAGGGAUGGGCAGACCCCCCUUCAUUUGGCAGCCUCAUGGGGGCUAGAAGAGACGGUACAGUGUCUUUUGGAGUUUGGUGCCAAUGUCAACGCACAGGACGCAGAAGGAAGAACACCUGUCCAUGUGGCCAUCAGCAACCAGCACAGCGUCAUCAUUCAGCUGUUGAUCUCCCACCCUAACAUUGAGUUGAGUGUACGAGACAGACAAGGACUGACACCUUUUGCCUGUGCCAUGACUUACAAGAACAACAAGGCAGCUGAGGCUAUUCUAAAACGAGAGUGUGGGGCUGCCGAGCAGGUAGAUAAUAAAGGUCGGAAUUUUCUUCAUGUGGCUGUUCAGAACUCUGACAUCGAAAGUGUCUUGUUCCUGAUCAGUGUCCAAGCCAAUGUGAACUCCAGAGUCCAGGAUGCUUCCAAGUUGACCCCUCUGCACCUUGCUGUUCAGGCAGGUUCGGAGAUCAUUGUCCGAAAUCUGCUUCUUGCAGGAGCCAAGGUGAAUGAAUUAACUAAGCAUCGUCAGACUGCGCUCCAUCUUGCUGCCCAGCAGGACCUGCCCACCAUCUGCUCAGUCCUUCUAGAGAAUGGAGUGGACUUUGCUGCUGUUGAUGAGAACGGAAAUAAUGCUCUUCAUCUUGCGGUCAUGCAUGGUCGGCUCAACAACAUCCGGGCUCUUCUGACAGAGUGCACAGUGGAUGCUGAGGCCUUUAAUCUGAGAGGCCAGUCACCAUUACACAUUCUGGGACAGUAUGGCAAAGAAAACGCAGCAGCCAUCUUUGAUCUCUUCUUAGAGUGCAUGCCUGAGUAUCCUCUGGACAAACCAGAUGCAGAAGGCAACACAGUGCUGCUGUUAGCAUACAUGAAAGGGAAUGCCAACUUGUGCCGUGCCAUCGUCCGGUCUGGGGUUCGCCUUGGGGUGAAUAAUAACCAAGGGGUCAACAUUUUCAACUACCAGGUUGCCACUAAGCAGCUCUUGUUUAGAUUAUUAGAUAUGCUCUCCAAGGAGCCGCCAUGGUGUGACGGCUCCAACUGCUACGAGUGCACUGCCAAGUUUGGGGUCACAACUCGCAAACAUCACUGUCGUCACUGCGGCCGUCUUCUCUGCCAUAAAUGCUCGACCAAGGAGAUUCCUAUUAUAAAGUUUGACCUGAACAAGCCUGUGCGGGUUUGCAACAUUUGCUUUGAUGUACUGACUCUGGGUGGAGUCUCUUAGUGAGGCCCCCAGGAAAAUCCAGGCCAGCGUCCCCUGGCACCUCCCCAGCAGCUGCUCUACUCACCAGCCUGCCUCCUACCCAGAGCAAGAGCUGGUGGUUGUCUUCCUGUGGCAGAAGACUGGAACAGUUACAAACCAUGGUGUGACCCCAUUGCAGAUGAUUUUGUAUGACUGUCAGUGUGUCAGACUGUGGUCUGUUGUACUAGAUAUCUGGCUGGUUGGACCAGGCCAGUCUGGACUGAUUGACAAAUGUGAUGGGAAUCAGCUAGCAGCAAACAAGAACACUUGGAGACAAUUUUCCCUUCCGGUAGUGUAGCGUCUAUCUCUGAGAAUUCAAAGUCUUCCUGCCUGGGUUGACUUAGAGGCAGAGCCUGACAGUAGAGAGCGGCUGCUAGAUGAGAGCUGGUUACUCUAGGGUGGUGGCUGCUCAAAGUGGCUAUGGCCUUUAAUGCACAGUGUUUUCAUAAAUAUAAUAGGAACCUCUUGCCCUCAAGUCUUUUCUUUCUUUAAGCUAAGCUGUAUUUUUAGAGAGCUGCCCUUUUAAAAAGGUGGAAUCUUUCUAAACAGGGUUCAAAGAUGAGAGCUAAAAAAUUGUGGCCUUAACAACUAAAAGCUUUACCAAUGUUGAUGCUGCCAGGUGUCAGAGUGCAGUGGCAGCUUGAUACCUAGCAGCUGUCUCAUUCUCUCGUCUUGCUGCGUCCUGUCUAUGGAGUCCUCAGUCGCUGCCACUUGAGUGGUGGAAGAAAUGCACUUUGAUUGUGCUGCACUUUUUCUAGAGCUACAUCAUUGGUGAAUCCAAUUUAAAAAUCCAUGUUCAAAAAUACCGUCACAUACCCUUCUAUCAGUGGUUCUGAUGGCCAGCUUGAGCUGGACCUCAGCACACACUAAUCUUAAAGGGAAAACUGCCAAAAAGGAAGGAAUCCAUAUUGAUGAGAAAGAAGAUGAGUGUGACUUGGGUCCAGGUCCUCUCUCUUGGACACAUCCUUCCUGCUGAACCCUUGCCUUGCAUGCUGAUGCUGUUGGUGCCAGUUCUGAGUACUGCCCUGCCUCAUCAGAGCCAGCAGCCAAAGCCUCUGGCCAAACUAUGAACUGUUUUAGAAGUCUGGCUGAAAUGCUGAACAAGGUUCUGAAGGACAGGUCUUUGGUUCCUGUUUCUGCCUGUACUAAUCCUGGGACACUGGGGCUCUUUCUUUUCAAAGUUUGGCCAGUGUUUUGGGUUUCUUUUUCAAGUUUUUAAUUUUUUAAAAAUUUACCUUAUUGCACACUGAAAAAGAAACUUAUACCACUGGUUU